GUUCCUCGGCAGAACUUGGCCCCGAGCGCGCGGGGCGCUUCAGCGAUGGAGACUAUCUGGAUCUACCAGUUCCGCCUCAUCGUGAUCGGGGACUCCACGGUGGGCAAGUCGUGCCUCCUGCACCGCUUCACCCAGGGCCGCUUCCCGGGGCUGCACUCCCCUGCCUGCGACCCCACGGUCGGCGUGGACUUCUUCUCGCGCCUGCUGGAGAUCGAGCCCGGCAAGAGGAUCAAGCUGCAGCUCUGGGACACAGCGGGGCAGGAGCGCUUCAGAUCAAUAACUCGAUCGUAUUACCGCAACUCAGUUGGUGGAUUUUUAGUAUUUGACAUCACUAACCGGAGGUCUUUUGAACACGUGAAAGAUUGGCUAGAAGAAGCAAAAAUGCACGUGCAGCCUUUUCAGAUUAUGUUUCUCCUGGUGGGACAUAAAUGUGAUUUAGCUUCACUUCGGCAGGUUUCAAGAGAAGAAGCUGAGCAACUGUCAAUAGACUGUGGAAUGAAAUAUAUAGAAACCUCAGCAAAAGAUGCUACAAAUGUUGAGGAGUCCUUCACAAUCUUGACAAGAGACAUAUAUGAACUUGUUAAAAAAGGAGAGAUUUGUAUUCAGGAUGGCUGGGAAGGGGUUAAAAGUGGUUUUGUUCCAAAUACUGUGCAUUCUUCUGAGGAGGCAGUAAAGCCCAGGAAAGAGUGCCUCUGCUGACUUCAACAUGCCAAAGAACUACCACAGACAGUCCACGCCGUCUCUGGAGAAAUGUCAACAUCUACAGCAGAAUGAUGCAAGGAACAAACAUCCACAGAAUAUCCAGACCCAUGGUAGCACCGUUUCGUAAGGUGUUGGACACAGAGCUCUGCGCUCACCAGACUGGGUAGUCUGCUAAAUUAUGAGGAAAAGCAGACGACGUUUUUCCUGAAGCCAGUGUCUACAAAAUUACAUCCGUUCUCACUUUGUUAGCAACAUAGCUGACCUUGGUCUCCAGAUA